GCUUAACCCUGUCUUGGAGCAUUGCACUGAGUCUUCAUGUAGAUCUCCGUUCUCUUUCUUCGAGAAAGGUGGAAACGAUCGACCACCUCCAAUGCCAUUCAGCUGCGCAUCUGGGCGCCAUUCCAAGUGACUUUUCGUUGAUUGCCAGAUGCUUUGAGAAACCUACCAAAACAUGGGUUUGCAAACCAGCUAGCGGGAUGCUAAGUCAGCAGCGUCAGAUAGUCCCACCAAGAGGGACAACGCGCUUCGCUAAAGGGACUCAGCAGACUUGUUGCUCUUUGGAGACACUUCAGCGGGUUUCACGGUCGAGAUCUGAGCAGAACGAGUCUGCUCGUGGGGCAUAGGGUAUGGCAAGUAAACGCCCAUGGUGUUUGGGGAACUAGAGAGGGCCCGAUGAUGGGUCGCUUGAGGGGCCACACGCUCCUCAGGGCUGGCUUGCUGCUGCUUGUAUGGCUGCAGGCAGGCUCAUCCUUUGGGCUGGGCGUCGACGCUGCUGGCGUGGCCGUCGAGCGGCAUGUUUCCAGCGGGCGCGCCCUGUCCCGGCACCUCCUCCAAGCUCUCGCGCCUAGUUCUGGAAGCUCGUCGGGAGGAUCACCCAACGACGCCCCAACGGCAGCCCCCACCAAAACCCCAACGACGGCCCCGACCCCUACCCCGGUCGCUACACCCGCCCCAACUCCCACCCCCACAAAACCCGCCACGUCACCUCCACUCACGCCCUCCCCCACCACUGUUGCACCUGUGGCAACCAACGGGCCAGCACCCACCUCGGCGCCAACCACGGCCGCCCCCACUGACACCCCCAUUCCAGAGCUCACCACUCUACCACCUGCGGUCACGCCCGCGCCCGCCACGCUGCCCCCCCUCACGCCUGCACCGACCACGGCCGGUCCGACCCCCGCUCCCACCCCCCUGGCGACCACAGCGGCGCCGCUGCCCCCUGCCCCCCUCACCCUCGCGCCCACGCUGGCCCCCAUCCAGCCGCCCAGCCCCCCCCCAGGUAAAAACACGCCUUCGCCGCUCCCUUCUCUUGUGCCCGCCACGCCGCCGCCCACGCCCCCCGCCACGUCAUCGCCGCCAGGUAAUUCGCUCGCCCCUCUCACGGUUAACGAGUCCGCUCCGGCGCCAGCACUUGUAAAGCCCGUCGUGGUUCCUAACACGGUUAACGAAACUGCUCCGGCCCCAACACUUGUGAAGCCCGUCGUGGUUCCUAACACGGUUAACGAUUCUGCUCCCGCCCCAGCACUCGUAACCCCCGUCGUGGCUCUGGCCGAACCGCUCGCGCCCGCCCCCAUUGCGAGCGUCACAGGAGCCUCGCCAGCGUGCCUGCCUGGGACCCCUUCCUGUGACCCCCUAGUGGUGAAGCUGCUCCUGUCCAACACCGACUACGGCACGCUCAGCCAGUACCUCUUUGCCGAGCUGGCUUCCCAGCUUGGGCUGCAAAGCAACCAGUUCCAGAUCUCAGCAGUUACCGCAGGCGCGGGCCGUGAGUUCAACGUCACCUUCUACAUCCUCCCAGUCUCGGGGUUCAACAUCUCGGCGCCGAUCGCGCAGAACGUUUCGAGGUCGCUGUCGACGCACACAGUGAAGCUGGACCAGGCGCUGUUUGGGAACUACACGUUCUUCUACGCGGUGCCCAACUCGGCGCUUGAGAUUGCGCCGACAUCCCCGCCCGUGGCCCCUGCUCCGGCGCCAGUCCCGGCACCGGCCCCGGCGCCAGGCCCAGCUAAUAGCACGGUUAUACCGCCUGUAAAUACCGGUGGAGGAGGGGGCGGCGGUGGGGGUAGUGGCACAAUCAUUGCUGUGGCAGCAGCAGUGGGGGGGGCGGCAGUUCUUGCGGUGGCUGCACUGGUACUGUGCUGCUGCUUGUGUAGAAAGAAGAAGGUGGAGGAACAGGACGACGCGUUCAGCGAGUACAGCAAGACCACCUCCGUCAACACGGCGUCUGCCCUGCUGACGCGUCCCCACGAGAAGCCGUUCCGUACGCUGUCGUCGGCAAGCAUGCCGUCGGAUAGCCUGCCGCGCCCGUCCAGUGCUCGCGUCUUCACUUAUGAAGAGCUGGCGGACGCGACCAACGGGUGGGACCCCAUGUAUCUGCUGGGAGAGGGCGGAUUCGGCAAGGUCUACAAGGGCGUGCUCAAGGACGGGAUCAAGGUCGCCGUCAAGAAGCUCACGGUGGGCGGCCACCAGGGCGACCGCGAGUUCCAGGUGGAGGUGGAGAUGCUGAGCCGGCUGCACCACCGGCACCUGGUGAAGCUCAUCGGCUACUACUACCGCCCGGAGCAACAGCUGCUCUGCUACGAGCUCGUCAUGAACGGCUCGCUCGAGAACCACUUGCACGGCCAGGGCAGGGGACGGCGGCCCCCGGGCGCGAUGUGGCAGCCGCUCGCGCUGGACUGGGACGCGCGGAUGAAGAUUGCGAUCGGCGCCGCGCGCGGGCUGGCGUACCUGCACGAGGACUGCCAGCCGACGGUGAUCCACCGCGACAUGAAGGCGUCCAACAUCUUGCUAGAGGACAACUUCCACGCCAAGGUCGCCGACUUCGGGCUCGCCAAGAUCGCGCCCGACAACCGCAGCGACUACCUGACAACCAGGGUCAUGGGGACCUUCGGGUACGUUGCUCCGGAGUAUGCGAUGACCGGGCACAUCAUGGUGAAGAGCGACGUGUACAGCUACGGCGUGGUGCUCCUGGAGCUGCUCACCGGGCGCAAGCCGGUCGACAUGUCGCAGCCGCAGGGGCAAGAGAACCUCGUCACUUAUGCGCGGCCCUUAUUGUCCGACCCCGAUCGGGUGGAGGACCUGGUGGACCCCCGGCUGGGCGACGCGUUCCCCUUCGAAGACCUGCUCAAAGUCGCCACGAUCGCCCUGGCGUGCGUCCACCCUGACCCCGCACGCAGGCCGCAUAUGGGAGAGGUCGUCCAGAAGCUGCGGAUGUUGCAGCGGUCCCCGGCCAACGGGGCGGAGAGCCACCAGAGCGACGACUGCGCAACGGGGCGGGACAUGGAAACGCUAGCGAGCACGCUCAGCGGACCCCUGCCAGCCUACACGCAGUCGCAGCCCUUCCCGGGGGGGUACAUGUCGACCGCGUACCCCCGCUUCCCUAUGCACCGCUCCAUGGAGCUGCCCCCCCACACAACGAGCUCGAGGUUCCAGUCGGAGAACAUGAGCGUCGGGGAUACCGACUCGAUGCGCUCGCAGUCGAUCAUGCUCGAUCACGACCAGCUGGCGCGAACCACGGUCUUCAGCGAGGGCCUCGAGGAAGGCCGGUAGCGGCAUCGGCGCGCGGGGGAGGCGGUCGGGGCGGGGAGUGCACGGGAUGCCGACCGAUGGGCUUGACAGGUGUCCGAGGUAGGACCGUGAUCGCGCGAUGCUCGGAGGGUUUGUUCACGAAUGUGGAGAGAGGAGGGGGAUUACGGCAGCUGAUACGGAUCCUGAGUUGUGCGAAGAAGGUCGCGCUGCGGAAGCGCGAAAAGGGUGCGGGAAAAAGGGGCGGAAAGGUGGUGAGCUCCAGCCGGGGCCUCUGCUGAUGGACGUCAGCUUGUAUUUUAGGACGCGUCCGAACACGUAGGAUACUGACCACAACGUCUCGCAGUCGAGUCUAUAGAGGUCGUCUUAUAAUGGGUGGCACCGUCAAAACAGGACUUGGGGUUUUGGAGAAAGUUGUCACAUUAACUGCCUUAUUGCAUCUAACCAUCUUAGUUGAAAAACCUCUAAAAGCAUGGCGUGUAUGCAGACUUAAGCAUACCGCUGGAUUGACCAGCAUGAUCAACUGGAAUUCAAGAUACACACAUCUGCGGU